AUUUAGUGUCUUCGGCCUCUCGGGCGGUGGAAUUGCGAGAUGCGGAGUUGUUGUGAUGUCUUUGCACCGAAUGCUAGUCUACUGUGAGGGCCUGGCAAGCGGACAUCGUCCGACGGAGCUGUUCCGACCACAGCCCCAAAUGCGAGGAUCCCGGCUGUCCAAUCAUCCACAGCCAAUGUUCCUCGACGAGUUGAACGAGUCGCGUUGGACAGUAGACGGCAUAUUGGUAGGACUUCUCCUGCACUUUCGCAUUUCGAUCUUUUGCACUUCGCGGCAUUAAAUUCCUCACCUCGUCAAAUCCACAAGCAAGCAUACCACUCACGAGCUCGACGACAUGACACAAGAAGUGACUUUGGCGAACUCCUUGCGAGAGAAGCUGCUUCGCAAUGAAGUAGCUUCAACUCUGAGCGUCAAACUCGUCAGGUCAGUCGAGUUGCCCAUGAUGGCCAAGACGGCCGGUUUCGACGGGAUUCUCAUCGACAUGGAACAUUCCUCGUUCGACCUCGACACGACCGGCCAACUCUGCAUGGCAGCGCUAUAUGCUGGUAUUACCCCAAUCGUCCGUGCACCGAGCAAAGAUCCGUUCUUUGUUUCACGCAUAUUGGAUGGCGGAGCUCUGGGUGUGAUUGUGCCGCACAUUCGAUCAGUGCAAGAUGCGAAGGACGUUGUGGCGGCAGCCAAGUUCCAGCCUGUGGGCCAUCGAUCAUCGACGAACGGGCUUCCACACUUCCAGUUCCGAUCAAUUCCAGCUAAGGUUGCGAAUCCUGUUAUCAAUGCGAACACACUCGUGAUUCCAAUGAUUGAGACGCUGGAAGCACUUGAGCUAGUUGACGAAAUCGCCGCCGUUGAAGGUGUCGACAGCUUGUUGAUUGGCACCAAUGAUCUCACAGCCGAAAUGGGUAUUCCGGGGCAGUAUGAGCAGGAGCAGGUGACGGAAGCAUACUGCAGAACGAUUGCUGCAUGCCAGAAAGUUGGCAAGUGGGUUGGUGUUGGCGGGUUACAUGCGCGAUUGGAUCUUGUCGAGAAGUUUUGUGCAAUGGGUGCCAAUUGGGUCAUGGCUGCUACUGAUGGACCAUUACUGCUAGGUGGGGCCACGAAGAGGGCCUCGGAGAUGUUGGCGCUCAAUGAGAAGGUUCGACGCCCAGCUGCGCGGAUGAAUGGAGACGUAAAGCACGAUAACGUGCAAGUAGCAGUGGCCGAGAUACCUUCACAGAUAGUUUAG